AUGAUCGAAUCAAACGAAACUGAGGAACUUAAGACUGAAUCAACAAAAUCAAUCAAAGAAUUUAAGGAUGACUAUAUUUCACCGAUCUAUCAUUUAAACGCUAAUGUCAAGCAUUGCAUUGAGAAGCUUUCAAACCAAUCUGAUAAUCUAAAUCAUUCAGAUUUAUUAGAGCCUUUACGUAAAGAGCUUAUUAGAAUAAAACUACAAGCAAAAGAAACCUCUCAAAGCUUACAACAUGAACAAGAAAUGAUACAAUUAGAAUUAAAAAUGCCAUCAGAAUCUGCUGAAGCGCCUGAUGUAAAAAAUCAGUAUUCCGAUAUCGGAAUACCUGAAGAAGCUAUGCUUAUGGAAUGGCCAAAUAAGAGCUUAAAAGAGGCAAUUUUACAAGAAUUCUUAAGCCUAGACAACCAGUACAAAGAGCGAUUAAACCAAUUAAAGGAACAACAUCAGCAAAUUUUAAAAUCAAGGUUAGGCGAUUGGUCAGAAGAGAAUCACUUGCAAUUCGUAAUGCUUCGAGAGCAAUAUCCGACAACCAUGAGAAAUAGAAGAAAGUUGCUCCUAGAUCGGAUAAAGCGUCAGUUACCGACUAUAUCCGUUUUAGAAUUUGAUAAACAUGAGCGUUGGUGGAUCGAAUAUAACUGGUAUCAUGAACGGCGAACUGAACUGCUACAUAGCUGGUCUCGAUCGCGUAAUGAAUUAUUAAUUAAAAGCAAAGCUCUACUAGCUGAUGCUUGGUCAAAUAAUGAAGUAAUUAAAGCCAAGGAAGUGGCAAUAAGACAGCAAGAACGUCUUUGUCAAGAAUUACACCAAAAAGUUUGUAUAACUAAUUAA